AUAUAGAAGAGAUAAAAAAUAAAUAUUCAAAAAUCCAGAAAAAUCUGAAUCUCAAGGAAAAAAAAACAAUCAUGGCCUCUAAAUUGCCUUCACUGAAACGAAAAGCACCGCCAUUGCCACCACGAUCAUCACCACCACCACCAUCAUCACCACCACCACCACCACCACCAUCACCACCACAACAACGACCACGAUCAUCACCACCACCACCGCCACCACCACCACCACCACAACCAUCACUACCAUCAACGUCGUCGCCACCACCUUCGAAAAUUACGGUGGAUGAAGCUUCUCCAGUGAUGAAAGAAGCAGUUCAAAUUUACAAAGAGAGAAAUGGUAUUGAAGAUUCAAAUUUGAGUUCUGCUUUUCCCAUUCGAAGCAUAUCAAACUCAAGCGAAUACAGUGAAAAAUUUAAACGAGAUUCAAGUCAAAAUAAUGCUGCUGAUUUUUCAUAUGAAAAAAAACAACCGCUUUUAGCGAAAGCUCUUAACUCAUUGCUUAUAAUUGCUCCUAUAAUAGUAGUCGGCAUUAUUGUAUAUAAAAAAACAGAAACAUUAUUCAAAAUAUUAUCUAUUAUAUGUUUAUCUCUCUCGAUAGUAUUUUAUACCUUUGAAAAGUUUAACAUCAACGUUUGGAAAUUUACAAAAAAAAACGUAACCUAACCUAAGAAAAAUAUUCUUGGUAUUUAUGAAGAUAUACCAGUUUUCAUCAUGUUAAAGAAAAUGUAAUUAUAUUCAAAAUAAAAAAAAUGAAAUUUUU